CUGCGAUCGCAAAACCAAAUCAUAGCUGGCAAGGACCUAACACACCUACGGCUGCAUACUGAAAAGGCCCAGCGUUACUCAGAGAAAAAACCAACCACAACGAACAGGUGUGCCCGAUAUGGCAAUUACCACAUAAAUCACACAUGCAAUAGGUUUCCUUCAAUGUUAUUGGAAGGUUCCAAACCGUAACGUCAGAGCAGCGGCUAGAAAAUAGCUCGAGGCGCACGAAGAUAUUGCGAAUAUAGCACCGUGCAAGGUUACACCAUUGGCGAAAAAACAUGAGCAGUUGUGGAGGAGCUAAUGCGCAAAUGGAUGGCGACUCCGUGGGUGCCGUGGCAUCGCACAGCCCCGAUUGCGACCUCCUCUUGGUCUGCCGCGACGGCCGCCUGCCCGCCAACAAGUGCGUGCUGCGCCGCGCCUCCUCCGUGCUGCGCCAGACGCUCAGCCUGCAGCUGCCCACCCCGGGGGAGCUGCAGCUGCCGGCGGACAGCGCGGGUGCGUGGCGGGUGCUGCUGGGGCUGCUCAGUCUGGAGACCUACCCGCUGCAGCUGGUGAAGCAGGACAACGUGUGCGAGCUGAUGGUACUAGCAGACAAGUACGACAUCCCUGUCGUACGCGGCGCCUGCGCGCACUUCCUGCACCUCCAGGCGCCCAACCUCAGCCUCUCCGCGCCGCUCUCCUCGCCCCUCAACGUCUUCACCGCCGCCUCCCUCGUCUCCAAGUACUGCUCCCCAAGCACCCAACCCUCCCUGGAGGGAUUCUGCUCCUCCGUUCUGCAGCAACUGGACGCCAGGCUGGAGCCGCUGCGGCGGCAGCCGCCGGAGGCGGGCUCCGCAGCGGUGGCGGCGGUGGCAGCCGGGCAGGGCGGCGAGGGGUACGCGGCGGCUGCGCAGGAGAUGACUGCCAUCCUGAAGUGGCAGAUGGAGGCUGCACAUCUGGUGGGGCAGCUGGAGGAUGUGGUGGCGGGGGAGGAGUACUUGGCGCAGGUGGCGCCCGAGGUGCAGUCCAAGGUGUCCAGCGCGCUGCUGGCCGCGCUGCGCCACCUGACGGGCCGCCCGCCGCCCCUCUGCCCGCACUGCAGCCUGCCGCUGGGCGCCACCGCGGCCGCCUUCCACCCCGACUGCGCCACCGCCCACUUCACGGAGCUGCACACCAAGGGCUGCCGGCUGUGCGGGGUGGCCAUGAAACCCGCGCACGCGAGGUUUUGCAACACGUGCGCCUACAGGAAAAACAAGCCGUAGGGAGAGGGAGGUAGAGGUGGGCGAGGAGGAGGUGUCUAGAGGAGGAGGCGGUGUGGACUGUGUGCGUAUGUCGUACUGAGGGGGGCAGCGGCUGGGCGGUGUACUGGGAAACGUUGGCAGGAGGUUGAUGCGAUGAAGGAAGGGGUGCAGAGGUGACGCGCGGUUGCAGGGGUAGUCGGGCAGGGAUGGCCGACAGCAGGAUGGUAGGAUUGUCAGGUAAAACGCAGGGUGAGGCAGAGCAGGAUGCAUGUAUUUAUUGGUUCACGUGCUGUGAUGUGCGAGGGUAUGUAUGGAGGUCAGGUCCAGAGCUUGUGUCGUGAGUGGUGGAGUGAAGCUGGCUGUAGUUACCGGUAGUUCCAGCUAGCCCUUGUUCGUGCAUGCAGGGGGAGCGCUACAUCACCGCAUGCGGCGCACUGGCGUUAGGGUUAGGAAAAGGAAGUGAGACGCCUGGGGUAAACCCGCACGGCAGAUUAGAGCCAGCCAGCAAGGCUAGUCUUAGGAGGGAUCCUCUGCAACAUAUUGGAAACGAGGUAUUCGCACCGCCACCGUUGACGGUGCAUGUACGAUGUGCGCCAGAGGUUGCUGCGGCGCGGAUGUUUCCCCAGGCAGGCAGUGUAGUACAGCUUUAGGGGCACGCAGGUCCGUUAGUAGUAGCAGGUGUGGCAGUUCGGAAGCUGUGUCAAAGUCAUUAAUAGACAGGGUGCUGCUUGUGUACUGGCCUGGAGCUGUUGAUACGCAUGCACUAGAGACAUCACAUGCGGGUGGCGCCAUGUCUUGUCACCGACUUUGUCGUGCAGUUCCAUUUGCCGUACAAGUAGGCAGGGAGACGAUGAGGUGUGCGCGCUGGUGUGCUGUAACCUACCGGUAUUGUUGCGCGCAGUCUUCAGAGCCGCUGCUGAAGAAAGGGAGGUUAUCUUGCAUAAGAAGGUCUACCUUUUUGGAUGUGCAUGAGUAACUUGUGGGUGUGUGGUUGCAUUGAUGGCUGAGUUGCUUACACCCUCACACGCAUCUGCGGCAAGUUCUCGGGUUUGCUUAAUGUUGAUGCGUGUUUAGAGGCGCGGGCGGAGGGCAUCGUGCGUUUCACGCUCGCUGGCGCUUUUGCUGGUUCAGCCUUUUUCCAGCCGUCCUAUGCGUGUGUUAAGAAAACUGGCCACGAGGCGGAACGUACUGUGAUUGCUGGAAGGUAUGCGUGUCGACGUUGGCUGCAUCCCUGGCGCCGUACGCUGUUUGGUUGCGGCCGUAUGCGUUGAGAGUCGUUAAGGCAUUCGCCUUUCAGCCUGGAGUAUACCCGUGCAGACCCGUGAUUCAGGCAACCUUGGCCCGAUGGAGUUGAAACGUGAGGGAUGUUCGGGUAUCACCGACGCCUGCGCAUGCCCUUCUACUGGCUGCAACUCUUGAAGCCGAAGACCUUGUAAGUAAUCGCGUCC